UUCUUUCCAAAACAUGAACUUUGCCAUGUUUCGCUGCUGGUCAUGUCCACAUGGAAAGCAAGGCUGGCCAAAAGACUGAAGGCUCCAUCUAGAAAGAUGCAUCCAUUUCCAUGUUCAGCUCUGCUGACCUGUUUUGGGAAUACGAGGGAGAAUGCUCCCUUUGAUCAGCCCAGCGUGCCUGACACUCAUUCCACCAUCUAUGAUCAGCCCAUGGCUAAAGCGGGUGGACACCCAAGUCACCCGAGAGGGGAAGAAGGAACUCCAGAGAAAAGGCGAGAUUCUGGCACCCAUUCAGAGAGAAAUGGCAGUGCAAAUCGGAAUUCAAGUAACCACACCACUGUCCAGCCUGCUGAGACCUCUGAGGAUGUGCCUGGGUCCCUAGAUGGUGAACUGGAUUGUGAAACAGUUACUUUUCAGACUUCUAUCCCCAGACCAUCAAUUAUUGAAAUGCCAAUGGAAGAAGAGGAAUCCCAAGAAGAACCUAGAUGCCUUCAGUUGGAACAGAAGACGACAUCAGACAGCCCAUUUGAGGAUCCUGACCUGAAGGAGACCUAUCUCAUUCCAAGAAAUAUCAUGGCUGAACCAGACUAUAUAGAAGAUGACAAUCCUGAACUAAUUAGACCUCAGAAACUUGUCAAUCCUGUCAAAACAUCUCGCAACCACCAAGAUCUUCACAGAGAACUUCUUAUGAAUCAGAAAAGGGGUCUUGCCCCUCAGAAUAAGCCAGAACUUCAGAAGGUGAUGGAAAAGAGAAAACGAGAUCAAGUAAUAAAGCAGAAGGAAGAAGAAGCACAGAAGAAGAAAUCGGACUUGGAAAUAGAACUAUUAAAACGGCAACAGAAGCUGGAACAGCUGGAACUUGAGAAGCAGAAACUGCAAGAAGAGCAAGAAAAUGCCCCAGAGUUUGUGAAGGUUAAAGGCAAUCUUAGGAGAACAGGCCAAGAAGUGGCCCAAGCCCAGGAGUCGUAGGCCUGGGCCCCAGAGACUGUGCUGAAGCUGUGAGCGGGCGCCUCCUCAAGGCUUCAUCUCGGGGCGCAAGCCCGUGGGGAGCAUCCCAGCCAGCAGAGAAUUGUUACGUAAAAAAGGAUUUGGUCUUGGUUCACCUACUAUCUGGGUGGGUAAAUUACCUAUGACAGUUGUAGUUCCUGUUCGCCAAACGAAGGAUGUUGACCAGCACUCAAGUUAGGAUAUGGACCUGUGUUCAAAGACUUUAAAAAAAACAACAAAAAAAAGGAAGUGGACACUGGAAUAAAUCCUUAAGAGUUGCACUACUUGGUUUUUCGGCCGAUCCAAGUUUAGUGGGGCAUAGAGCCUUUUUUUCUUUUAAAAACAAAGAAAAUGUGUUAUUCUUCCUUUAGUUAGCUAUUAGGUAAUGUAGAUGACAGAGAAAUGCGUCUGACCUAUUACAGCCAAUAUCCAGCAAUGCUAUUUUGAGAACCCCAAAUUUACUUGUGUAAUUUAUACUUUCACCCAUGUUAGGUGAAUUCACACCUGAGAAUGUAGAUGUUAAUGUUGAGCACAGCUAUUACCUUUAUUGACAGCGAUAAGGCAAAGAGGGUUUAAAAUGUGUAAACAAACAUACGUAAACUGAAAUACGUAAAUGACCACCUUGACCUUUUUAAAAUUUUUUUUGGUUAUGCUCCAUGGUAACAUUCCAGUUCAGAGAAGGCACAUUAUAUAAAUCCAUUUAUUGCUUUGAUAACUCUUAGUUUUUUGUUUUUGUUUUUUCAAUUUGUUGCUGAGUUAGCCCUUUUACAUCUUCCCCAUCCUUUGGAGAAAAAAACUAGUCCACAUAACCCAACUUCAGUGUCAAAGGUAGAGGGUCCAAAUCUUUUGAUUCCUUCUGAGAGCAGUGUGGGGAAUGCCCCCACUGGGAGCCUGGGAAGGGGGAGUUCUUUGGCUAUUUUAAUGUGAAGCAAAUGUAGAUUGGACUUGAGGAGGCCUAGCUGGAAGAUUCAUAGCAUUUGUACAUGUUUUAUGUUAUUAGAAUCCAAGCUUUGAAAAUUUCUGAGUAAUGAUCACCAGUGUCUUUGCUUUUUUUUCUUGAGAAGAAAGACUGUUUCCCCACUCUCUCAGUUAUGAUGAUGCUAUUGAUAAUGAUGACGUUAAUGACUACUAUACUGCAUCUCAGGAAAAGCCAACGUGAAGAGAGAAGCUGCUUAGUGUUCGCACUCUAGCUAGCAAACUACUCAAAUUGAAGCCCAAGUCACCAAUGACAGUAAAGUUCUUAGGCAGAGUUCAUUUUAUACUGCUGGUGUGGUACACUCGACUUGGGGUGGUCUGGAAGAAUUUAUAUGCAUUCAGUAUGUUUUCCACAGAUAUGAUUCAGACAGUAAUUUCUCCAUUGAAGACUGUUUUAUAAUUCCUCUAAAGGCACAUAGAAAGCUGGAUUCUGAGCUUUUGAAUUGAAUUCUUAAUAAGCAUAGUAGGAAUUGCCUUUCUCUGGGACUGCUUUUCAUAGCUGAUCAUUAGGCUCAUAUUCAAUCCUAGCAUGAACACGAGGUAAGUAAAUGCAGUGAUCAUGUACUGCUAGUUCGAGAAUAUGUGGAUUAAAUGUGGAACAGAUGAUUUCUCUCAUCAGUAAGUAUUAUUUGAAUAAAAUAGGAGGCCUUUAAUAAGAUACUGCUCUGUAAUAAUUUGCUUUUGAAGGAUGGAAUAGUAACUCUUUUCCAUCACUGUUCCUUUUCGGAGAAGAAAGUACGUUAAUUGAUCAUUUGAAAAGGACAUUUCUGAUUGCUCAUUGACUGCAGUUCUUUCUUUGUGCAUGUGCAGUAAUGAUGUGAUUUGUAAAAUGAGGAUUCAGGACUGGCUCAUCUGUGGCCUUUAACUGCAUGUAAGAUCUUUAGAUCCUGUGUCCUUGAAGCGAUUCUGCCACUUGAUAAAAUCCUCAAGGGCUCUGGCAGGCUCCUUUAGAAGGACUAAUUCUGUUUCUAGAACGUACCUAGAAUUCAUCCUUCACUGGGAAAAAAUAAAUUACAAAAGCAUUUCCCUCCCAAUCUCACUCACAAAUCUGCAGAAUUAUUUGUAGUUUAUAGUACAAGGUCUGGCCAAAUGAAGACUUGUAAAUAGCAUACAGUGAUGACUUAGGACUAAGCUGUGGAAGGUACCUGUAGAGAAGCUCUUUGAAGUUAUCAGAUCAGCUUAGCUCACAGGCCCGAGUUUAAAAAGGCCUCAGUCUCCCCCAAUGCUUUAAUACUGUGCACUCCAAACCCCUAGGACUCAUGGACAUCUGAGCAGUUUUGUGCUUUGAGCCACUUUUGGACAAAAACGGCUCCAUUUUUCCACUCAGUGGUUUUCUUAAACUAGUUCAGUGUUUUAUAGUCUCCAAGUAGUAAAGUAGUGUUGCUUUCUAAGCUAUAACAUUUGACUUUAUUCUUCUACUCUGAAAAAUCUUGACUUGUUUGAGUGUAUAUAAUAUAUAUAAAGGGAGCCUUAAUGGAUUUGUUUUCAUAAUUUAAUAUUUUUUGUAUUUGCUCUUGUAUAAUUGUUUUUAAUGGAAAGUAUUACAGAAUUGAGGGUGGAAUUCUUAGAACCAAAGUUAUUCUUAAUAAAAAUCACCACAUGCUUGG